AUGAGUUUGGUUCGCGAUGUUGUCUUCAGUGCUGUUGUUCCCACACUCUUUGGAUCUGGUGUCCUUCCUCAGUCUAUAAAAGAGUUCAAAAAGUUCCAAAAACAGUUUGUUCAAUUUGAUGGCAGCUUUGAACAUGGAGCAAGGCUACCUGAAUUUCUAUUGAAAGACUGGUCCAAGUCAAAACAUUUUUUGUUGGAUAAGUUCUCUGAUGUACUACAAAAGCAAUUGUGCACAGGUUUCAAAGAGGAUUCUUUGCUUCAGUCAAUGGUUGAUUCACUGACUGGAGACUGUGCACCAAAUUAUGCUGUUCUCUUGCUCUGGGCAUCACUCGCAAAUGCUGUUCCAAUAACAUUCUGGACUUUGGCAUUAGUGCUGGGUAACCAGGCCAUCAAGAAGGACGUGCAGAAGGAAAUUGAUGAAGCACUGGGACCAUACAUAAAUAGUAAAGGUAAUAAAGGACCUCUUUGUAUGAGGUGAGCCAGCCUGCUUAGCUGGGUUGGCCAGCUUUACCAGGCUGGCUUGGCCUAAAUGAGGGCAAAACAGCUGUCUAUGGCCUGGAACUGCCUGGGUAAUAAUGACUGUGCACAUGUCUGAGGUAUUGCAGGCCAUACCUCAGAGUUGUGUAUUGUGAUAAUUGUUCUCAGAUGGCUGAAUUCCUAACAGGAGACUCAGAUCAUUUUUAUUUGUCUUAUUCUUCUCUGACAAGAUAAAUGUUAUAUCUUCUGAUACAGUUUUUCCACGUAAGGGUCUGCAGACUUAGUUCUACAAUUUGGAACUUCUAAUGUUUCUCUUUUGUGUGUGUGUUAUAUACUUUGUUGGUGCCAAUCACGUAAUUGGAUGUUAGCGCACACAGGCAAACCUCCGAAACAUAAUCCUCUUCACAGCUGGUGCAUUUAGUUUUUAGUUUUUUCCUCACAUCUGAUUGGCUCUUCCUCAUAAGACAAUAACAUUCAUGUAAAAUAUUUCUGGAGAUCACAGGUUUUAGUGAUCUGACAGUUAGAUGAUGAAAUAAUUAAGCUAUUUUACAUUUAAUUAUUAUUCUUUGGAUGUUUCUGAUUGUUUAUUCACUUACAUGACGUGAAGUGGCAUAUUAGUUAAAAUGAUCUGUCUUUGCACAGAAACUGUGAAAGCGUGUUACACAGCUGGCAUAGGGCACAUGUUAGAGAGUACAAAGUAAUGCUCAGGCCUUGAAUUGGUUGUUCAAACGUUGGAUAGCCCUGUCCACCUGAUAAAUCACUAUCCAGCAGAUAAGAAUUAGGAAAACCAAUUAUGCCUUCUCGUUUAUAUAGGUUAAUCCAAUGGAUAGUGUUAAUUCACCUCUCGAACAACUGGUCUCAGGUGUAUUAAUAUUAUUAAAAGUAAACUUCCAUAUGCUAAUUUGCAGGGUCAUUGUCAACAGUGACUUUAGAAGACAUUAAGAAACUGCAGUUUGUCGAGUACUGUAUACUUGAAGUUAUUCGUCUACAUUCUCCUGGUGUUAUUGCCCGAAAACUCACAGAACCCCUUCAAGUGCAGGAGUUCACAAUUCCAGCAGGCGAUACCCUGAUGAUCUCACCUUACUGGACGCAUAGAAACGAGGCUGUUUACCCAGAUGCAGACUCUUUUAAUCCAAACCGUUGGAAGGAGACACCUUGCUCAGAUAAACCCGCUGCAGCAGAGAAUUUCAUUGCGUUUGGUGGUGGUCGUUUUCAGUGUCCAGGUCGUAGGUUUGCUUUGAUGGAAAUCCAAAUGUUUGUAUCUGCAAUCCUCUGUGUUUACGACAUGGAGUUAAUAAAUUCGGUAGUUCCUUUGCCUUCCCCUCGACACGUAGUCGGCGUCCCACAUCCUGACUCAACUUGUUAUGUGAAAAUACGCAAAAGAUUGAAGACUGAAGCAUGA